CAUGGAUUCUUCCGCUAUCAAGCGCCUAAGACACCUCAGAGGGAGAAGUGGCAGAGACAGAAGUGAAGACAGAGGGUGAACCAGCUCUUCAGAGAACAGAGCGCUAACUAAGGAGGAAGCUGAUCAGGACUCACAAUAUCAAGAGGCUGUGCCCACACUGUGCCUGCUGCUGAAGAUGGCUCAGGUGGCGAUGUCGGCCGACGUGCUGUCGGAGGGCGAGGUGACCUGCUCCAUCUGCCUGGACCUGCUGUGCGACCCGGUCACCACGCCCUGCGGGCACAACUUCUGCCAGGGCUGCAUCGGCGGCUACUGGGCGUCCAUCGAGGUGUGCACGUGCCCGCUCUGCAAGCGCCUGUUCGACGAGCGGCCGAAGCUCAGCAUCAACCGCGUGCUGGCCGCCAUCACCAACCACUACAAGGUGACGCAGUACGACGCCGAGGACAUGGCCACGGGCGCGGCGACGCCCGUGCCCAAACCCCGCGCCAGAGCGGGCGCCGUCGGGGCCGAGGCCAUCCCCGAGGACGAGGACCUGGACGUGGCGAAGGGCAAGGCGGUGCUGUGCGACGUGUGCCCGGGCAGGAAGCAGCGGGCGGUCAGCACCUGCAUGACCUGCAUGGCCUCGUACUGCCAGGAGCACGUUCGGCCGCACCACGAGACGUCCUUCUACCGCAGCCACCAGCUGCGCGACCCGGGCGAGGCCAUGCGCGGCCGAAUGUGCCCCACGCACGGCCGGCUGCUGGACGUGUACUGCCGCACGGACGAGGCCUGCAUCUGCUCCAUCUGCGUGCUGGAGACGCACCGCACACACACCACCGUCUCCGUGCAGACAGAGAGGAUCAUGAAACAGAAACUGCUGAGCAAGACGGAGCUGGACAUCCAGACCAGCAUCGACAGGAAGAGCCUCAGCCUGGCGGAGCUGAGGGGGCGGAUCCAAACGGUGAAGAACUACGCCAGGGCGGAGCAGGCUCAGCUGGAACAGCUGCUGGGGGAGGUGAUCCGCUCGGUGGACCGGAUUCGCCGGGAGCUUGUGGGCGGGAUGCAGGAGAAGCAGAUGUCUGUGACGGGCCGGGCAGAGGAAGUAGCGGCGCGGCAGGAGGCGGAGCUUAGCAGGAUGCAGGAAGUGAGGGCCAAACUGGAGGAGCAGGCCACCAGUGAUGACCACAUCGGCUUCCUGCAGAGUUUUGAGGAGGUGAGCGCUCCGCUGGACGCUGAGCUGAACAGGCGAGGGGAGGAGCCGGAGGUGGAGCUGGAGCUGCGCUUCAACAUGGACGACGUCAAGACGGCGCUCAGGGACGUGCACGAGAGACUGGAGGACAUCCGCGGGGGAGAGGUGCGCUACCGACACUCAGUGUCAACGCUGCAAGAGAGUGAGAGCAUGAUGAGCAUCAGAUCAACAGGGUCGAUGGGAAGGAGAGACUGGUCACUGAAAGAUAUACGCAGAAUAAGGCCUAGCUCAGCACACAAGAAGGUGAAACAAUAUAUAGAGGACGUGAGUCUGAACCCGGUGACGGCGUACCCGUUCCUGAUCCUGUCGGAGGACCGUAAGCAGGUGAAGCGCGGCGAGAAGCUGCAGUUCUACCGCAACAGCACCCAGCGCUUCGACGUCUGGUCCUGCGUGCUCGCCAAGGAGGGCUUCCAGUCCGGACGACACUACUGGGAGGUGAACGUGGGCGAGAACAAGGACUGGAAGCUGGGCGUGGCGCUGGAGUCGGCCCACAGGAAGGGCCUGUUCGACAUGGGCCCCGCGGCCGGCUACUACGCCCUCUGGUGGGGAGGAGCGCACCUGCGCCCUCUGACCCCGCCCCCGCUGGGCAAGGUGAAGGUGACGGGGCGUCUGCGGCGCAUCGGGGUGUUCCUGGACUGCGAGGAGGGCCACGUCACCUUCUACAACGCCAAGUCCGGCAGCGAGCUCUACUCCUUCACCGCGCCACGCUUCACUGAGAGAGUGCUGCCGCUGUUUGGGACCGGGGACAAGGAGGUCCCUCUGGUGCUCAGCAGCGGACCGGACGGACACCACCACUGAAGAAGGGAGGAAAGAUGGAUGAAUGGAUAGGAAGGAGAGAGAGAGGGGGGGGGAAUGAAAGGGUGACAGUACGAAAGAGUGUGUGAAGAGUUGAGAGGAAGAGUGAGAGAGAAUUGACUAUAAAUGGUUAAUGGGGAAGAGAGAGAGAGGGGAAAGAAGAAGAGGAGGAUGGGUGGGUGGUUGAAGGGACACAUUUAUGGAAAAGGACUUUGGUGACCCACUGAACCGUUUCACUCAUCACCUGUGUUUUUGGACAGUGGGGGUGACCAAAUGAAUGAGUGUGAGUAUUUCUGGGCCUGAAUGACUGUGAGAGUGAAUGCGACUAUUCCUGGGACUGUGAAUGUGAGUGUGUGGGAGUGGCGGAAUUUGAGAGUUUUUAUAUCUUGUGUGUGUAGGAUGGUGCAAGGGCACACAGGCAGGAGCCGAGAGAGAGAGAGAGAGAGAGAGAGAGAGAGGUGCUGCACAGUAGAAUGAGUAAGCAUAUUUAGAGCUGGCCACUGAGUGAGUGAGGUGAGUGAGUGAGUGAGUGGAGCUGUUUGUGGCCGAUGAUAAUGCAAGUGUGUGUGUGUGUGUGUGUGUGUGUGUGCGCGUUAGUCGAUAAAAGUGGCACUCUGACAAACUGUCAAGGUGAGCAGAGACAUUAGGUUUUAGGAUUUACAGAGAAAUUACCUUUGGUUUAGCAACUCACAUUACACACUCACACACACACCUGGGAAAAGAACACGCUAAUAUGGGUGUAGGAUGAGUACACACUUAAUGAUGCACUGAGUUCUUUUUGUAGCCCUGACGAGAAGGGUAGGUGGGUAAAAUACAUGGUAUAAAAGACCGUUUAUCUUGAGUUUUCCUGUUAGUCGCCUCGUGUUUUUAUAAUGUUAAAGGGUUUUGGUGUCGUUUCUGAAUAUGUUUAGAAUAAUGAAGAAUAGGAAUACCUUGUGACUGUUGGUCUGUUGACCUCAUCAGUGAUAAGUUGCUAAAACUAUGCCUAAAAGAGCCAUUUUAUUUAUUUUUCUUUUAGGCCUAAUAAAUAUUCAUCAUUUGUAUAAUCUUAUAAUAAAUGUUUGUUUUGUCAUA